CUGAAGAGCUGCUCUGAUUAUUAGCAAGUUCUGCUCUUAGCACACAGGCUCCUGCUUUUGUCUUUCUAGUUUUGAGCUCUGCCUUUGCAUGGCAGCCCGUUGGCUAUUUGAAAUAACUAGUCUUCCUGUUGAAGUAUUUCCUUUCUAGGUUGUGUUAGAGGCAACUACCAGUCCCUCCCCACCUCCAGAAAGAAAUUUCCCCACAGCCUUAGCAGCUCCAAGUAAUCUUGUCCCCAGCUUAUCAGGAACCAGGUGCUGUGGCUGUUUCUGUCUCAUGGUUUUUCUUUUUGUGCCUUCCCUGGAUUCCCAGGUUUUUGUUUUCUUCCUUUUUUUCAACAUUACGUAGCUAGCUCUGAGUCAUUUAUCUGUAGCACACAUUUAAACUUUGUUUGCCCAAAAUGAUCCUUCACAUUUCAGAUCAGGCACAGCAACUUAGCACAACAGGAACUCGGGGCGUUGGGGGAGAAGUUGGUGUGAUCCCCGUGGCUCGUGAACCUGCAGCCCUGGGCAGUACAAGGCUGGCCUUGACAGGAGAAGAGCAAGCCGUCCACGAGCAGUUCCUCCACUGUAUUAAGAGCAAACAUAUUUUCCUCCUAUAUUGAACCCUUCAGCCCUUUGUGUUUGAACUACUUCCCAUCUUGUUUGAACUCUUUUUCCUGGAACAAACAUUUAUUGGGGGCAGUGUAAACAGCGGGCGCUCUGUUGGUGCUGACUUGUGUGUCUCUUCUGGGCCGUUAUUUAGUUAGCAGGGAGUUUGGAGACCUCAAUUCAUAUCUCCACGUUGUCACCAAUGGAUAGCUUAGACAAAUGUUUUAAAUUUCUGGUCCAAACUUCCCUCACGAAGCAGCUGACAAAUCCCCCUGCCUGCUUUUGUCUGUGCGUGGGAAAAGCGGUGGCUACCCGGAGUCUCGCGCCUUCCAGAGAAAUGUGUCACGGGAAGCAAUACCAUGCUCUUAUGAACUGUUAAUUACCGUUACUACGAAGGCUGCUGUCAGUUUCUCAGUGAAAUUUCGACUUUGUUUCUGUAGUGUUCUGCUUAGAUUUUUGUUGUUGAAAUUCUUUGUGGUGCUAUUAGUUUAGACCAGACAGAGCUGUUAAAAGUGUUUGCCACAUAAUUCUUUUAGGGCACAGACAGAUCAGACAGAAAUCACUGUUGAUCAGCUUCAGGUGCGCUGAGAUGGUCCCGCGCAUGGACUCACAGAUCAGGCUCAGGUGGCUCUGAUGGCGAGUGUGGGCUCACAGCCAAGCUCAGGUGGCUCUGAUGGCGAGUGUGUGGGCUCCCGGAUCAGGCUCAGGUGCGCUCUGGUGGGUAAACACGUGGACUCACAGGCUCAGGUUUGCCUGCUUGGCCCUUUGUCUUCGGGAAGGAAGGAGGUAGGCCGCUCACCCUUGGCACGAUCCCCAGCACCUUCCUUGGCAGCAGGUGGGAGUGGAAGGAGUAAUAAAGGUACACAUCCCUCUGGGGCAGAAUGGGCAGGGUGCCUGCCUGAGCUCCAAAGAGCACCCCGUAAGUGGAGUCUCAUGUGGACAGCUGCGUUUUAAUGUUUGUUGGCCAAGUGAUGGUCACCCAGUGCCUUGUUGGACUUUAGGGAGGGAGUGUGGCUGCUCGAGGUAGAGGGAAUUGAUGUCUCUGACCUUUGCCAAGCUCUAAUUGUCUUCCCUGUUUUCUUCUCUGUGGCAUAGCAGCAUUGGACAGUGUUUCCCCUUUCUUUGCAGAUGUGGCAUGGCAGCGUGUGGUGUAGUUUUUCCUUCUGUGUCUCCAUGAUCACAGUUCCUGAAAAAAAUGACGUCAAACAGCAGAUUUAUGUUGGCUCAGUCUUGUCGGGUCUCAGUCCAUGAUGGAGAAGGCAGGCUGGGACAGAUGGGUCCAUGUGCCUGGAGGGUGUUCAGAGCACAGCAACACAGGAAAGGAGAAGCUGUGGAUGAUGGGGGUGAAGACAUCUUAAGCCAGAGGACUGAUUCUCUAGUUCUGGAAUUUCAGUCAUCAGCCAGCAGAUGCAGGAGCGUCUAUGAACCAGACAGGAAUGCGUUACGGAGGAAAGAACGAGAAAGAAGAAGUCAGGAAACGCAGCAGGACGGUGGCGGCUUUGGUUCCAGUUACUCCCUCUUCAGUGAACCUUACAAGACUAACAAGGGGGAUGAGCUCUCCAACCGGAUCCAGAACACGUUAGGAAAUUACGACGAAAUGAAAGACUUUUUAACCGAUAGAUCCAACCAGAGUCACCUUGUUGGCGUGCCCAAGCCGGGCGUGCCGCAGACUCCCGUGAACAACAAGAUAGAUGAGCACUUUGUGCCAGACUCACGAGCCCAGCCCCAGCCCUCCUCGGUCUGCAGCAACGCGCCUUCCACGCCCGCAGCAGGCCCCGGGCCGCAGGGCAAGAGGGGUGCCGUGGGCUGGCAGAAGGCUGGCCACCCACCAUCCGAUGGCCAGCCGAGAGCAGCACAACAGGGCUCUCUCAGGACCUUGCUUGGAGACGGGGUCGGCAGACAGCAGACAAGAGCCAAGCAAGUGUGCAGCGUGGAGGCAGGCCUUCAGACCCAGGAGAGGCCGCCUGCCAUGGCGGCCAAACACAGCAACAGCGGACCCUGCGUUCAGAACUUUCCUCCAUCCCUGGCCUCAAAACCCAGCCUGGUCCAGCAGAAACCCACCGCCUACGUGCGGCCGAUGGAUGGCCAAGACCAGGCUCCUGAUGAAUCUCCUAAGCUUAAGUCCUCCACAGAAGCUGGCGUGCACUGCACAUCCUACAGAGGGGUCCCAGCCAAUAAGCCAGAGUCGGCCAGGGCCAAGGCCAAGCUUGCCAAGUUCAGCAUCCCCAAGCAAGGAGAGGAGAGUAGAUCUGGAGAAAGCAACAGCUGUGUUGAAGAAAUAAUUCGGGAGAUGACCUGGCUUCCUCCCCUUUCUGCUGUUCAAGGUCCCAGCAAAGCAGAACCAAGCAAGUUCCCAUUCCCAAAUAAGGACUCUCAGCUUGUUUCCUCUGGACACAAUAACCCAAAGAAAGCUGACGCGGAGCCAGAGAGUCCAGACAAUGGCACAUCCAAUACCUCGAUGCUGGAAGAUGACCUGAAGCUGAGCAGUGAUGACGAAGACAGUGAGCAGCAGACAGCCCAGAGGACAGCUCUCCGCGCUCUGUCUGACAGCUCCGUGGUCCAGCAGACCAACUGCAGAGGUUCCGUGCCGUCCAGCAAGGGCAGCAGCAGCAGCAGCGGCAGCAGCAGCUCCUCCAGCGACUCAGAAAGCAGCUCCGGCUCCGACUCAGAGACCGAGAGCAGCUCCAGCGAGAGCGAGGGCAGCAAGCCUCCACACUGCUCCAGCCCCGAGGCCGAGCCUGCGCCCUCAAACAAGUGGCAGCUGGAUAAAUGGCUGAACAAAGUUAAUCCCCACAAACCGCCGAUCCUGAUCCAAAAUGAGAGCCAAGGCCCGGAAAGGGUUCAGUACUACCCGGCGCUGAAAGAGGAAGGGCAGGACUGCGGGAAACUUGCCGAGAUCUGCCAAGCCGGCCUGAGGGACAAGGAGCUCAAGCCCGCUUGCAAGGAGGAGCAGCGGCCCCGGACCGCCAACAAGGCCCCUGGCAGCAAAGGCGUCAAGCAGAAGUCGCCGCCCGCUGCGGUGGCUGUGACCGCGGCUGGCCCGCCGCCCGCCGUGCCCGGCGCACCCGCAGAGAGCGCGCCUGCGCCCACGCGGAGGUCAGCGGGCAAGAAGCCCACCCGGCGCACCGAGAGGGCCUCGGCCGGGGACGGGGCCGGCUGCCACCGGCCCGAGGAACCGGCGGCCCCCGAGGCGUUGGGGGCCAGCGUGGGGGGGCCCCCCGAGCCCCCCAAAAGCAGACCCUGCGGUAACAGCAGGACGAGCCACCGCAAGGAGCUGCGCUCCUCCGUGACCUGUGAGAAACGGCGCACUCGGGGCCUGAGCAGAAUCGUCCCGAAAUCCAAGGAGUUUAUUGAGACCGAAUCUUCGUCUUCCUCCUCCUCCUCGGACUCGGACCUGGAGUCGGAGCAAGAGGAGUACGUCCUGUCCAAGGCCCAGCCCGCCGCCGGGAGCGAGCAGCGGCUGAAGGAGGCCACCAGCAGCAGCAGCUGCAGCAGCACCUCCCGGGCCUCCGUGGGCUCCAUCAACGCCAGGACCACUAGUGACAUCGCCAAUGACCCCGAGGAACAGUUCUACACGCUGGUCCCCUUUGGCAGGAACGAACUGCUUUCUCCGCUGAAGGACAGCGACGAGGUCAGGUCCCUCUGGGUCAAAAUCGACCUGACCCUCCUGUCCAGGAUCCCACAACACCUGUCCCAGGAGCCUGGGGUCCUGAGCGCCCCCGCAGCCAAGGAAGCGGAGAGCGCCCCAGCCAGCCAUGCGUUAGACGCCCCUGCUGAAAAGACUCUGCCAAAAUCCAAGAGGAAACGCAAGUGUGACAACGACGAUGACUACAGGCAGAUAAAGAAGGCCCAAGGAGAGAAGGAGACCGCUCCACGCCUGGCCGCCUCCGCUAAUAACACCUUGUCUGGCAGCCAUUGUAACAUGAAUGCCAACAGCUUGGCAAUACCAAUAAACAAAAAUGAAAAAAUGCUCCGGUCCCCCACUUCGCCACUCUCCGAUAUAUGUAAACACAAACACACCAGCGAGGACUUGGCUUCUUCCGGCCGACCUCAUGGCAAUGGGGUGCUGACUUCUGCGUCUUCUAGCAAGAAGCCGAAGGCUGACAGCCAGCUGCAGUCACAUGCUGGAGACCUCUCGAAGGCCUCUCACGGCAGUUCCGAAAAUGGCAUCCUCCAUAGCAAGUCACGGCCACAGACUGAGCCAUGGUCUCCGGGUUCCAGUGGUCACAGGGACUGCAAGAGACAGAAACUCAUCUUCGAUGACAUGCCUCGCAGUGCAGACUAUUUUAUGCAAGAAGCUAAACGGAUGAAGCAUAAAGCAGAUGCAAUGGUGGAGAAGUUCGGGAAGGCCUUGAACUAUGCCGAAGCAGCCUUGUCCUUUAUCGAGUGUGGAAAUGCAAUGGAACAAGGGCCGAUGGAGUCCAAGUCUCCAUACACCAUGUACUCAGAGACCGUGGAGCUCAUCAGGUAUGCUAUGAGACUAAAAACCCACUCAGGCCCCAAUGCCACACCCGAAGACAAACAACUAGCUGUGCUUUGUUACCGAUGCCUGGCUCUCCUGUACUGGCGGAUGUUUCGGCUCAAAAGGGACCACGCUGUCAAGUAUUCGAAAGCACUUAUCGACUAUUUUAAGAAUUCCUCGAAAGCUGCCCAAGCCCCGUCCCCAUGGGGGUCCAGUGGCAGGAGCACUGGAAGCCCCUCCCCCAUGUCUCCCAACCCCUCUCCCGCCAGCUCCGUGGGCUCUCAGGGCAGCCUCCCCAGCUCGGGCACCCUGUCCCCAGCGACCAUCGUCAGCAUCCCCCAGCGCAUUCACCAGAUGGCGGCCAAUCACGUCAGCAUUACCAACAGCAUCCUCCACAGCUACGACUACUGGGAGAUGGCUGACAACCUGGCCAAGGAAAACAGAGAGUUCUUCAAUGACCUGGAUUUGCUCAUGGGCCCCGUCACCCUGCACAGCAGCAUGGAGCACCUGGUCCAGUACUCCCAGCAAGGCUUGCACUGGCUGCGGAGCAGCGCGCACCUGGCCUAGGGGCUCGCCUUCGAGCCUGACUGUGCUUCCUUCUCCUCGGUGGCUCGGUGGCUCUGGACCCUGUGCUGCCGACCUUCCCAGCCACGGCGCUUCCCGAACCAUGGUGAACGUUUCCUCAGAGCCCAACAAUGAUCUCUUCCUGGGUGGGGGAGGGGAGUGUCUAGAGGUGGGUUCAUAGGACGCUGCCUGAUUGUGUGUGUGUGUGUGUGUGUGUGUGUGUGUGUGUGUGUAAGGCUGACACCUCUUCGAAACACAUUUCCUUUGUCUAGUGUAUAAUCCCAGGCUAGACAAGUGAUCAGAGGUCCCUCACUGGAGGAAAUCCUUGCAGCGCACCUGUGCUCACACACUCAGACACACCCUACCCCCAGUGCUAAGCCAUUGCCUUCUUCGAAACUCCCACCAAAAUCUCCUGUGUUGCUGAACCUGGUGUGGCCCAGCGCACCAAAAGCUUAACUGCCGGAUGAGUUGAACCUGUCUCUUAUUAUUGAUUACUUUCAGUAUUAUAUACCAUUCCCCAAUUGCUUUUGGUUGUUGUGUAUUAAUGAGCAAUUGACUAAUGAAAACAAGCCAGUUAUUUUUGUGCCAGAAGCUCACUAGAUUGCAUGUUACCCAACGCCCUGCCCCUCCUCUAAAUACCCUCUCCUCGUCCCUCCUCCACCAAACACAUUAUCAGCCAAUGGAGUCCCACGAGCUUGCCUUGUCCCCACGUAGGAUAAAAACGGCACCAGGAUUCGGUAAAAGCCGGACAGCCACAAAAGCAGCAGCGACUGUUCGGUUCAGAAUGAAGGUCUGCGCCUGUGGCAAUAAGCCCUCUAGACAUGCGUAUUCCUCCUCCUGCCACUGUGACUCUGUGGCCCUAGAGCCACCUGGCCUUUGCCAGCCAGGACAUUUCAAGUCUCUUUUCUCUGCAGCAGCUCUCCGGCAGCUUCUCUCAGUCAGACGGGGGCGUUGUCUAGAGCACGCCAUCCCCAGAGCUGGCUGCUGCUGAGCAGGCUGACAGCCGCUGGCUGUACAGAUGCUUCCUGGUUCCUGCUCUGCACACACAAUGUGUGACCACAGGCCUUGAGUGCAUUUGGGGGUAUUUUUCAAGCUUUUUAAAAAGCUGCGUACAGUGCAGAAAAACUUAUCCCCGUGAUGACCACAGCUCUGUUUGGAACAGCAUCAACCAGAGUGUCUUGCUGACAUCUUAUGUAUCUGGUGUGCUGACGUCUUGACCAUGGUUCUCGUCUGUUUGGGGUUUUUUUAUUAUAUUAUUAUUAUUAAUAUUAUUAUUAUUAUAUGUUUUAAUUUUUCAGCAUCUUGUUUACAAUUUUUUGUCCGAAGUUUGUUUUCUCAUGUUUUGUCAUUCCCUAGACUUAGUCUCCUUGUUAAAUAUACGUGGAUCUGAAAUAUUAGUAUAAAGAAGCAAGUCCUGUAAACAAGGUAUAUCUUGCCACAUUUUAAAAACAAACUAGUGUCCUUGAGUUACUUGACAACACUGUACCAGGUCAGCCCGAGGGAGCUAGGCAGGGCCACCUUCAGGGCGGUGCAUUGCUCAGGGAGGCCGCGGUGGCUCCCGGCGUGCGUCCUGGUUCCCACCGCCUCCCUCUGAGCUUGGUUGCAUUCCCGUUCCCAUUUUGUCAGCUUUGUCAGCAGGUGGCAAAUAAGAUUGCUCCGAUUCCCCAGUUCCGAGUGCAGAUUCAAAAACCACACAAACAGUUGAACGCAGUUUGGUGAUCUGCACCAAACUGAAUUGUGGAAUUUGCAUUUGGCUUUGACCCUCAAGCACUUGAAAUUUUUAGCAAUACAUUGACUUCAAAUGUUUGCGACCAGAAAUGUUUUUUAUAAGAUGUUAGAAUAUUUGUGACUUGGGGGAGAGGACUCCAGUCUAAACGUGGGAUUGACUCCUGUUUGACACAUACCUUGUACACAUGAGGGCAGUGCCUGCAGUGUUGAUCACCUGUGAGGUCGGAUGUGGGAUUUUCCGCUGAUGUCAAACCACUGCUCAAGGAGUUCUCGAUUCUGGAGCAGUUUAGGUUUCAGAUUCUUGAAAUGAGAACAUUCCACCCGCAUCUCCACGUUUGUAUCUAGCUCUACAGCGUGCCCCCUGCGGCCCUCUCACUAACUGUUGGCAGGUUUGUGAUACCAUCCUGUGUUUAAAGUCUGAAUAUAAGAAAUUUUGAAUCUCCUUUUGUGCAGGAGUGAGACUUUGUUCUAGUUGCUCUUGGUGAAUUCUGGUGAAAAGUUCAAACUCUCACAAAGAGGGUUGCCCUCAAGGGCCUCUGUGCAACCUUGCAGAGGGAGCUUUUUCUGGUCCUGCCUCUCUUUACAGAUGUCAGCUUAGUUGUGACACCAUGCAAUCCACAUCCCUGGGAAACCCAUCAAAUUACAAGCCGGCCGCUGGCUGGUUGUGCCAGCACAGGUUUUAUGAACACACUGAUGACCUGUUUCCCAAAAAGAACUGAAUUGUGGAAUUUAGUUCUGCUCUUGGGGGGCAGGGGCAUGGCUUCAGUCCCGGCCAUUCUCUUGCCUCAUCCAUGGAGCGUGUGUCAGGCAGGCCCCACCUUACGGGGCUCAGUGUUGGUAGUUCUGGUAAAGGGCCACCUUCCACUUGAUGCCCCAAAAGGCAUCCAUAACAUGCUCCUUUUCUUAAGCUGGGUUGCGAGUUGAAACAUCUUUCUUACACUUUAUGGCUGUAACAGUACCACGCGUUCAAAUAAUGCUGAAAUAUAGAGGCUAUAAGCCUGUGGUUGCCUCAGUGCUCUCAGAAGCUCACAGCUCAGUGACCCCGAUCUUUCCAGAGAGUUUUACAUUUAAACAAAACACUUACUACCACUUGUUUCUAUUUGAAGGCAUACUCUUUCUUCAGAUGUCCCACCAAAGUCCCACCCGUCUUAUCUCCCGUGACUGAGUAGAUGCCAGCCUUUGUCAGUGUUAGAAUUACCUUUGAAAGGGAGUAGCCGGACGGGAUUCCUGAACAAACGUUGGCAUUAGUUGUUACUCUGCCCUUAGCAGUCUCUGGUGCAGAUGUGCCUGGAGAGAGAGGACUGGUUAAAACGGGCUUUCGGAAAUGUUCAAAGUGCAAAUGGAAACUUGGUCCCACUCUCUAAAGAGGAAUGUACUGGAAAAACACACAAAACAGUUGAACACAUGGAAUGCAACGUCGCGAGGCUUUCUGCGCUAAAACGUACCCCAGUGUGUACAUUGAAUGGUGUAUGUGCUCUGUAGCAGUGAUGUGUAUGUCUCUGACACCCAUACAAAAUAGUCACGGUUUGUAUAAAUGCAUACAUUUAAAAAUACAUAGGUACAAUACACCUGACAUAAAACUGUAGUAUGCCUGACAGACAUUACUAGUGCCUAAUACUGAGUAUAAGUCACUGUGUGUUCACAUCACCUUGGAAGAUCAGUCAUUGUUAUAAAAGUAACCAGUGAAGUGGCAUUAUUUAUGAAUCACAUCUUUGAAGCUGGGCAGUAGCAUAUGCAUAUAUAUUUUUAAAUAACAUUUUUCACAGUUUUCCAGAGUUACUGUUGAAAUCUGUAUCGCCAAAAAAGAGAGAGAAAGAGAGACAGAAAGAUGCAAGAUUUUUUUAAUGAUGUAGACACUCUUCAGACCCAGUGAUCGACGUGUGAUUUCCUGUUUGUAGAUAUUCAAGAGACUUUAGCAGUCACCAGCCUUAAUGCAUGUACAGGAUAUUAUUGUGACUUAAUUUAUCUGCAGUUUUUAAUCCAUACAAAAUUGGAGUUUAUAAACGGACUUGGAUUAAAUAUGUCUGCCUUUCUAAGGCUGCAAACAAUACAUUAAAUGAUUUCUGUUGUACGUGAGAGAAGUCGAGUCGUACGUUUAAAAAAAAAGUUCACCGGUUUCUGUUAAUAUUUCACAAGGAAACCUUACAAUUGAAAUAUUUUCAGAGUGGUAUUCUCUUCCCAGCUUGGAAUCUCUUUAGAGGCAACCUUGUUUCAUGAAUGCUCUCUCUCUCUUUCUCUCUUACUCUCUCACUUUCUCGUUCUGUCUGUCUUUCUCCUUUUUUGUUCCUUUCUUCCUAUGUCUUUUCUAUCCUAGGUGUUAAAGUCAGGGCCUUGCACAUGCUGUGCAGGCUCCCUACCACUGAUCUAUGUCCACAGCCCUCACCGUGUUCCGGUGUAGCUCAUGAGUCAUCGUUGCCAAGUCUGAUAUUUUUCAAUAGUCCUAUAGUUUCCUGCUUCUGUUUUCCAUUCCUAAAAUAUGCCCCCCGCUCAUGUGCACACCCUCUCAUUCUCUCUCUCUCUCUCUCUCUCUCUCUCUCUCUCUCUCUCUCUCUGCCAUACAAACACACACUUUCUCCUCUCCUCCCACUCUCUUUCUCUCUCUAUUUUGUGUCCCAAAGACUGCUGACGAGGAACCUGGAAUGUUUUCACGGAUGACUACGCGGAUGGAUACCUGCUCAACUAGUAGCCCUGAGGUGCUGCUCUAAUGGCCAUUCUUCAGUUGGCACAAGUCAGUUCCCUGACCACUUGUGCCAGGCUAAAACACGUAAUGAUUAUGUCUGCAAUACUUGCUCAAGAAAAUAAGAGAAUUCCGAAUCAAGGAGCUGAAAUACUGGAACAGUAGCUAGGACGUGACUUGGUGCCUUAUGUAGGCGAGGGUCUGCUGACCUUAUUUUCCCCCCUAGCUCUCUCGCUCUUCCUUCUCCUCCCCAAGCUGAAGAAGCAGAAAUAACAGAAACAAAAUGACGUCUUCAUCUGAUCCAGUCCGCAUCCUCAGGUUUAGACACUUUAUGUCCCCGCUGCACCAUCAGACACAGUCCACAUGGUCUAGACAGAAAACCCAGAAAAGGUUGGGUGGUUGAGCUCCCUCAGCAGUUGAGCAGAGGUCACAGGCAAGGAGAACACCUGGUCCCCAGAGGUGGCUAAGGCAAGAGGCUUGUAGGUACUAGCUCCAGCGAGCACUGAGUGAGAUUCUUGCAGAGGCUGGCUAAGAUCUGCCCAGCAAGAAAUGCCUUUCUGUUGGAUGUGUCGCUGAAGCCAUCGGAGUCUCUUCCUGUCAGAAUCCUGUUUUCAAAUGUAUCCCAUCCUCAAUCAAGCCUAGAUCAACUGGAGUCUUGAAAGACAUUUUUAAUGGGGGUGGAGGGCUGGGGGGGGCUGACCACAUAAACUGCAUUUUCAACUGUUUGGAGACAAUGUGUUUCCUAUUCCCGGAAGAGUACGCCCUAACAAACAGCCCAGAGCUGUUCCAGUCUGAGAACACUGUUCUCCUUGUACACACCAUUGUGUGUGUCAUCAGAAGGGUUAACUUGUUUGCUUGGCAUGAGGUGCAUUCUAAAACUCUAUUCUCAAACUAAUUACAUCUGACCACGGUUUUGGUUUUUAUUACUUAAUUGGCACUUUCAACACCAAGGGGUAAAUUUGGGGUCAGCUGCUGAGGGACCUACAGUCACAGCUCUUGGCAGUAAUAGGAAUCAAGGGAUUAAGCCUCCAUGUGUUAUUGGGAAAGCUCAUCUCUUAGAGCCAAUUUUAAAGACAGUGAUCUGGAGGAUGAAUUUAAGGCAUUAAUCCCGAAUCAAAACAGGAUAUUAAGCAUCCACGCUGGAAAUGGGACCCGCAGGUGUCAGACAUUACUGAUGAGGUCGGAAAAGCCACAUCAAGCCCUGGUUUCCCUGCUUGCUUUCAGAAUAGGAAGAGCUUAUGGAGAGUGGUUCAUUCCCAGACAUGAUGUGCGUGUCAUGCGUGCUUUGGCUUUUCGAACAGUUUCUUUUGUUAUUGAAAAUCACUGUGACAUUCUGCUUCCUCGUUACACCUCGGUUUUUCACAAAUCUAAAAUUUCUACCAAUAUUUACAAACGCUUUAUUUCAAGAUGACCAAAUGAACAAGGAGAAAACCCCCAACCCAGGAAUGUGUGACUCAAGGGAACGGCAGUCCUCCCCGAAAGGUGUUCAGUGUCUGCAAUCAUAGUCCCGAGCCUCCUCCAUUCCCCCUACCUGACAGUGUGAGCACCACAGAUGUGGCUUUGAGAGGUCAGUGGCUUGACACAGGACCAGAUGGGUUUUUGAGCAACCUCACCACCACCACAGCUGAGCCCCUCCCAGUCAUGACAGGAAUGUUGAUGCUGGUUAUUCAUCUCUUAGAAUCCCAGCACUUCCAGUUGCAUUCUGUAACACCCCCUUUGGAGAACAGGAUUGAUUUUGUUGUUACUCUUGGGGUGUAAACUCUGUAAGUCAGAUUUAGUAUCUUGUCCCUUCAGUUGAACAGAUUCAAGAGACAGAGCGGUUUAGAGAAACAAAACUGCGAAGCAGGAAGUCAGUAAUGCUGAGACCCCAGAAGAGCAGUAACCGGAGGCUGAGCGCUUCCUGAGCGCUUCCCUCCGCUACACCCAGCCCGUAAGAAAGCUGCCCUUCUUGCCUCUGCCAAGUGUGGCUCCAUGUCAGCCACCCUGCUGAGUGCCCUUGAGGGUCAGUAGAUUGGGGUGCAGAUGUUCAGGCUCAUUGCCGUCACUCAGCAGGGUUCAAGCAUUACCAUAUGCCAGAAAUUACAGGACAACCCUGAAAUCCCAGCACUUGCAAGGCUAAAGUAAGAGAACUCUUGAGUUCAAGACCAGCUUGGGCCUCAUGGUGAGCUCAGUGUCACCCCAGAAACGUAGCAAGAGCAUUAUCGUAAGAAGAGGCAAGGGAAACGCACUGUGCAUGCAUCGGGUGUGUGAUGUGGAAGGUAGGACUUUCUUAUGGGGUCUAGAGCUGACAGCAGGGUGGCCAUAGGCCUUAGGCCAGGGAAGGUAGUUGCUAGGGAAUGCUCCUGUGUGUUGUCAGGAUUAGGAGGCCUUCCUGGCUAUAGGUGGUGCUCUGUGGCUAACAACUGAGCUCCCACCCUCUUUACCACUCAGCUCUGGCUUUAAAUCAGUGGCAUCCGGAUGGAAAGGGAAAAAAACAACCUUGGGUUCGUGAUCUGACAUCUCCCACUACGUCACUGCAGUAACCGCUCAGUGCUACAGUUCAGGAACCGUGCUAGAGCGGAAGAGCCUCAGCCGUCUCUUCUCCUGGCUCCUGGGCUUUUCCCCUGGAGAUGGGGAGGUUGACUUCUCUCUAUGUGGCCCUGCUGCCUGUCACGGGGGCAGGCAGCUGCUCUGAGAGGCUUGUCCCCGAGAAAGAAGAUCCGUCAUAGGGGACCCAGAGAGAGGAAGCCUCUCAAGGGGAACCUCUCGGUGGUUUUCUCUAGUUGUCUUGUGGCUGCUCAACAUAAUCUCUUAAUUGCAGAUGAAACCUUAGUCAGAGCCAGGAGAGAGAGAAAUGUCAACAUGCAGGAGAACUUGCUGCUUUUCAUGGCACCCACCCAAACGCUAAAUAUUCUGACCCCAGCGAGUGGGUGAGCCAUGCAGACACAGCUCCUGCUUCACACCAGAGUCAAAGCCCUAUGUGUGGGGAUUUUCAUUUCUUCUCAAACAGUAAUUCAGCUCAGGGCCAGUGUGUCUCCCUUGCAUCUCUAAACCAACGAUUUGAGCUUAACCAAAAUAAGCAUGAAAUGCUCAAGGGCCCCUUUUCACACCCGAGAAAUCCCCUUCCCAUUCUCUCCCCAGUGAGAACAGAGCUGGAGCCACUGGGAGGCUUAGCUUGAUUGAAGUUCAGACAAAUACUGCUUGCUUUCCACAGGAGCCCACCAUGUCACCCGUGGGAGUUGCAGGCAUUGGCUGGGGCCCGGCCACCCUAGCUAUCAGCCUGCUCUCCUUGGAGGAGCCGUUCCAGCUGGGUGCUGGAUUGGCUGUCACCUUUUCUGAGCCAGGGUGUGGCAAACAUAUUCCUGUGAAAGGAGAGCAAUUACUUGUGUUCAUGGCCCAGUAAAAGUUUAACGUUGUGCCUUAGUGAAGGGAUUUAAAGCUCAGCUAUUUCCCCUAUUAUGGAGGUAUCUGCUUGCCUUGGAGAAACAAUUAUUCAUGUUUAUUCCUGGAGCUGACAUUUCAGAUUUGGUAUUCCUAAAUCAGGCCCCAAACCAUUCCCAGCCCUGUAUCUCAGUCCAGGGAAAGCUGUCUGCGGUGAGCUCUGCUUGCAUCCCACCAGACCCUGCCAGUGAUCUAGCCACAGGAGCGAGGGAGAAAGCCCUCACCUAUGCCUCCUGUGGGGUCCUGUCUGAAGGCGGCGAAAGGGACUGAAGAGAGCCUUAAAGAGGUCAGUCCUGCAGAGCAAUGAGACUUGUGAAAUGUACAUAUAGCAGAAAUGAAAAUGCUAUCCUUAGUCUUGUGUUUGUAUUUUGUCCAGUUGCUCUAAAUUGAGUAACGCAGACCCACCUGUGCUUUGUGACACUCAUUUGGGCUGCUUGUUGGCAUGUUUGGAUGUUCUAAAGCCCAAAGUCUGUAUUGAUAGUCACUCCACUAUCCAGGCAGUGUUUCUGUUAUGCAUCAACCUUUCCAACACCACUGAUGAAGCUGUGUGCAGUUCCCUGGGUCUGAGUGUGCGACAAGAAUCUUAACACAAGAACUUGAUAAGGACUGACUUCCACGGGGCCAUUUUUCCCAAGGACUUGCUAGUGGAUCCUGAGCGGGCAGUGCAAGCCUGCAAGGGCUCUCAUCUCGCAGGCUGCUUCGAAGAUGUCCGCACGCCGGGGGCCUAAUGUCUGCAUUUGGUGGUCACUCAUCUCUGUGAAGUGGCGAGAUGUUAAGCCUCCUUUGCAGUUUCCUCCUACAAUAGAACUUGCUCCCAUACAGAGGAAGCCGCCCCUCUCCUGAAUCCAGAGUGACUGAUGGUGAAUGGCGGAGUAGCAAGCGCAUCUAUUGCUAAGGCUCUGCCCAGUGGGAAUGUGCAUUUUGUCCGGGUCCAAAAUUUA